AUGAACGUUACUCGCUCGGCUCAUUCUAUUACUUCUUCCCAAAUUGUCAAAACCCUGCGACUACGAGCCCUAUGUCGGAACCUUCAAACAACUCCCAAACCCUGCGCCGAGAGGAGGCGGCGCAGAAUUACGAGCAUCAAAGCUGAAGAUAUGGGCCUCAUAGAGAAACAAAACAGAUCUUUACCAGCCGAGGAGCUUUUUCCUACUUACGAUGCAGAUGAUAAGGAGAAUUUGAAAAAAAUAUAUACAAAAGAGCAGUUAGCAGCAAUCGAGGCGGGUGAAGCUGCGAUAGAUAUUGAAGAUUUAAAGACUCAGGGCAAAAUCCGCUCAGAUAUGGGAAGGCUUCAAUACUUUGACGAUUUAAGUGUCAGUCGGGCUGCUUUGGAUAGAAAGAAAGAAUAUGAAGGACCAUAUGAUCCGGACCUCCGGGAAGCAAACAUCCAAGAAAACGUAGCUGCCGUACUAGAAGCUGCAGAAAAAGUUUUAUCAAAGGUUCCAGAAGGGUCUGGUGAAGAGCAGCCAAAAGUUGGACAGAAUUACCUUCAAUCUAGCAGUGAUGAGUCGGACGAGAAGUUCAAGCCAAUUAUUAGUCGCAUGAAUGUAUGGAAGAUUCAGGAUACCAUGUCACUAGCGAUGGGAAAAGAUGGACCUAUAUCGCGCGACCAUGGUCAAAUGCAAGACUUCACAGCACCAGGUCUACCAAGAAAAUUUUUGCCCAGGGAAAGAAAAGCUCAAAAAGAAGAGGAGAACGAUGUCAGAGAUCCUGAUGGUGUCUACAACCGUUUAAUUGCUCAGACCGGACUAACGCUCGACGAAAUCCUAGCGUAUAAAAUUAAAGUCCUCGUCCAGCACAGGGUCUCAAACCAGACACGUCUAGGCAAGAUUCCAGGCCAGUAUGUAUUGGCCAUCGCAGGGAAUGGCAAUGGUACAUUAGGGCUAGGUCAGGCAAAAGGAAGUGACGGUGGGCAAACUCUUAAUCUGGCGAAAAUUUCUGCUAUAAAGAAUAUGCAACCGAUUCCUCGAUACGAAGACCGCACAAUAUUUGGUGAAGUAGAUGCUAAAGUUUCUGCUGUUAAAGUCAAGCUUAUGUCCAGACCACCAGGAUUUGGAUUACGCUGCCAACAUCUUAUUUUCGAGAUGGCCCGAGCGGCAGGUAUUCAAGAUUUAGCUGCUCGAGUACCACAUGCCCGUAACAAAAUGAAUACAUGCAAAGCGGUGUACAAAGCACUAUUGAAUCAACCUAUCCCAGAUGAGAUUGCACGAGGCCGGGGGAAAAAGCUUGUGGACGUGAGGAAAGUUUAUUACUGCGGGCAGGUGUAA